AUGGCGGCUCGCAGCAUCAAGGUGAAUAUCAAAUCCUGCUUCACAACCCUCGACGAGCUUUUUCAAUUUGCAAACAAGCACAAGCACCACUUCGUCAGCCUGGUUGAACCGGUCGCGAAAGAGACCGGGGCCGCCUUCUUCGAUCCAGAUUUGAAAGGCCAAGUUCGCUGUCAAUCCAAAACCAAGUUCGAGUCCAUGUACUUGAACUUGGCUUUGGAUAGCCAGCGAGCCUGGACCGACAUCGUGCGUGACACGCUGAGCUACGCGAACUUGACGGAUAUGUACAAAAGGACUCCAGCUCAUCGAAAAGGACGCAAGAUUGAAGCGAUUAUCAAGCUCCAUUGGAUGGUGGAUAUCGUGACUUGCAGCUCACAGUUCGG